UUGCUAUAAAAGGGGCUGAGCGGCAGCGCGUCUACAGUGAGAGGGGAGCUGAGUGAGUGUAAGCGUAGGCGUAGUCAGACAGUCCCGGCCCACUCGGCUCGGCUGCAGCACCUUCCAGCCCUCCUGCGGGGCUUCGCUUCUUCUUGUCUUGUUGCACGGCCACCGCUGCUGUUUGACAUGCGCCUGAUUCAGAACAUGUCGACGAUCCAGGAGUACGGACCUGCGGAAUAUGCCCCCAACAACCGGGUCAUCAAGAUCGCGGUGAUCGGCGGCAGCGCCGUGGGUAAAACCGCUUUGGUAGUGCGAUUUUUAACCAGGAGAUUUAUUGGAGACUAUGAAAGAAAUGCAGGUACUUUAUACUCCAGACAAGUUCAAGUAGAUAGAGAACAACUUGCACUACAAGUUCAAGACACACCAGGUGUCCAGAUAAGUGGACCAAGUCUGAGCUGCAAUGACCUACUUAACAGAUCCAUACAGUGGGCUGAUGCAAUUGUAUUGGUUUAUUCAAUCACAGACUACAAAAGCUAUGAACUCAUCAGUCAGCUCCACCAACAUGUCUGCCGUAUGCAUCCAGAGAAUAGAGUUCCUGUCAUAAUUGUAGGAAACAAGGCUGACCUCCUUCAUGCUAAACAAGUGGAACCUCACCAUGGCCUCCAGUUAGCAAACAUAUUAGGAUGCACCUUCUAUGAGGUGUCUGCCAGUGAAAACUACAAUGAUGUGUACAAUGCUUUUCAUGUGCUUUGCAAAGAGAUUAGUAAACAACAAAUGAGCAGCAAUGCUGAAAAGAGAAAAACAUCCAUUAUACCUAGGCCAAAAUCACCAAACAUGCUAGAUUUGAGGAGGCGGUUCAAGCAAGCUCUUUCUGCCAAAGUACGGACUGCAACAUCUGUCUGAGGUGGCAGCUGAAGAUAUUGGUAUUCUAAAAUAAAAACAAUGAGAUGUUUCAUCGUUGACUUUUAAGACUGGGAAAAGUGAGCAUGAGAAGAUCUGGAAAGUCAAUGCUGCACUCAGAAGCUGUAUGACAUGUCUAGUGUAGCCAACACAUGUAUUCAGUCAUCUGGACUUUUGCUCAUUGCCCAGCCAGUGAUUUUAAGAAUAAAUACUUCAUGGACACUUGCUGUUCAAGGCUAUGGUGGGAGCAGACCUCAACUGCCAGAAAUCCCUGUCUGAGCUCCUUGAUCAGGGCCUUGUAGGGUUUGUUUGUUAAUACAGCUUUUGUACAAAUGAUUUUGAAAAUGUGCAGUGGUGAUGGAUAACUGAUUGGGACAAAGCUGAAUAUGUUAAAACAGCAUUUUGUUUUGUUUGUGGAAACUUUCCUAUUAGUUCAAUCCAGAAGGAUUGUAUUUAUCAGUCUAACUGUUCAGUACAUAUUUUUUAGUAAAAUGACAUUCAUUGUUUCACCUGCUGGAAUGUAAGGAUGAUCCGAUUCUUCCAGUGGAGAGUGCAUGGCAGGAAAUCACAGGUGCAUACCUGAUCUUACAUUUCUUAAGUUGCUCCACACUGGAAGCAAUGAGGAGCAUAGAAUCAGCACCUGGCUACCUGUACUGCAUUACUGAUCAAACUGCUGUGCAAGUAUUUCAAUAUGCUGGAUAUAGCCUUGGUAUUUGCAGCUUUUCAAUGAGCUAGCUUUCUGUUCAAAUAAACACAACUAUUACACAGGCCAUACUGCUCCAUUUGCAUUCCAUUCUAGCUAGUGGGAGUAAAACCGGACCUCCAUGCCCUCAUCUGAAACUAUUUAAGAUCUUCUGACCUUCACAUUCCCCCUUCCCACCCAGCAAUCUUGAUUGUGUAAAGAAAAUAUAGCAUAAUGGCCUGCAGUUGAAUUCUCCCCACCUCCACUCCAUGAUAUAAGACUACAGGAAUUCAAUUGAAGCUUGUUAAAUAAAACCAGGCAUAUACUGUCCGAAUAGAUAUUCUAAACUGAGCAUUGACAUCUGACCUCUUCGUUAAGUGGGAAAGCUUUCCUCAUGCUAAGUGCAAAGAGGAUGGAAGCCAGCUUCUAAAUGCACUUUAUGAAAGCCACUUGUGCUUUUGCUUUAAUCUGUUUACAGCAAUGACUCCUCUCCAGAGUACAAUGCAUUUUCCAAUAUUUUGGCAAAUAAACAUUUGAACCAA